UCCAGGAGGAGCACAACCAGAACACAAUCUAUUAGUACACAACAAAUUCUUAGAACACAACCAUCUAUUAGUACACAACCAUCUAUUAGUACACAACAAAUUCUUAGUACACAACCAUCUAUUAGUACACAACCAUCUAUUAGUACACAACAAAUUCUUAGAACACAACCAUCUAUUAGUACACAACCAUCUAUUAGUACACAACCAUCUAUUAGUACACAACAAAUUCUUAGUACACAACCAUCUAUUAGUACACAACAAAUUCUUAGUACACAACCAUCUAUUAGUACACAACAAAUUCUUAGUACACAACCAUCUAUUAGUACACAACAAAUUCUUAGUACACAACCAUCUAUUAGUACACAACCAUCUAUCAGUACACAACCAUCUAUUAGUACACAACAAAUUCUUAGUACACAACCAUCUAUUAGUACACAACAAAUUCUUAGUACACGACCAUCUAUCAGUACACAACCAUCUAUCAGUACACAACCAUCUAUUAGUACACAACAAAUUCUUAGUACACAACCAUCUAUUAGUACACAACCAUCUAUCAGUACACAACCAUCUAUUAGUACACAACAAAUUCUUAGUACACAACCAUCUAUCAGUACACAACCAUCUAUUAGUACACAACAAAUUCUUAGUACACGACCAUCUAUCAGUACACAACCAUCUAUUAGUACACAACAAAUUCUUAGUACACAACCAUCUAUCAGUACACAACAAAUUCUUAGUACACAACCAUCUAUUAGUACACAACCAUCUAUUAAUACACAACCAUCUAUUAGUACACAACAAAUUCUUAGUACACAACCAUCUAUUAGUACACAACCAUCUAUUAGUACACAACCAUCUAUUAGUACACAACAAAUUCUUAGUACACAACCAUCUAUCAGGUUCCUACCUCGACUGAUUGCCAAACCUCCCCACUGUGGCCCUCCCACAGAGCUGCUGGACGUGACGCCGUGUGGUCGCUGA